GGAAGAGUAGCUGUUGGUGGUUUUGUAUUGGUGAUUAUGGACUCUUUAGUUGUACUUUUGAAAGAAGGCUCUUCAUAUUUACAAGAGAUUUGAUUGAGUGCAGAUUUCAAUAUGAGUCCAGAAAACAGCAGGAGUCCUCCACGAGCAAGGCGGUUCCGCAGUACUGAGCGUUCAUCUUAUCGGGAUGCUCCAUAUCGAAGGGAUCGCCGUAGCUUCAGGCAUGAUUAUCUGUGCAAGAACUGUAAGCGACCUGGGCAUUUUGCCAGAGACUGUCCGAAUGUGGCUGUUUGUAACAAUUGUGGACUUCCUGGUCACAUUGCCGCAGAGUGUACUGCAAAAACUAUAUGCUGGAACUGCAAGGAACCAGGGCAUGUUGCUAGUGAAUGCAGCAAUGACCCUAUUUGUCAUGUUUGUGGGAAAGUGGGACACUUGGCCCGUGAAUGCUCAGGUUCAGGCCUACCACCAUAUGACCUAAGGCUUUGCAAUAACUGCUACAAGCCAGGCCACAUCGCGGUUGACUGCACCAAUGAGAAGGCAUGUAACAACUGUCGCAAGACUGGUCAUCUGGCCCGUGAUUGCCCUAAUGAGCCUGUCUGCAACGUUUGCAAUGUGUCAGGUCAUUUGGCACGUCAAUGCCCUAAGUCAGGUCUUGCAUCGGAGAUAGUCAGUGACCCCUUCCGUGACAUCAUCUGUCGCAACUGUGGCCAGCCAGGGCAUAUAAGCCGCGAUUGUGUAGCAAUAGUCAUCUGCAACAACUGUGGUGGUAGGGGCCAUCUUGCAUUUGAAUGCCCUUCAGCUCGGAUGCUUGACCAUGGACUCCGGAGGUAUUGACAUGGGUUUGAAGCAUCUGGUUAGUGGAAUUGUUUGCAGAUGAUUUUUUUUUAAUCUCAUUAUUCUGAUUAUAAGUACAUAGAUUUUGAAGAAGAGGGUUGUCUUAAUUUUUCUUGUUUCA